AUGUCCACCGGGACGUGCGACCGCAACCCUCCAGUUGGCCACGCGCAGAAUUUCGCCGCCGCCGAUCCAAUAGUAGGACAAGAAUAUUUCGAGAUCCGACUUUCCAGAAGCAACAGCGACGCUUUUCCGAAUCGAUCGGACGCUGCCGACGCCGUGUCCAUCGGUUCGUGCGGAAAUCGCGCAUCCUUAACGUCGUGGAACGAACCUGGAUCUUGGAUGGGUGGGAAAGCUUUUGGGUCCCGAGAGCCGGUAAGCCGAUUUAGUUCCGCAUUGACAGCAUGGCGGAUGCCGGAGGUGGGCGCACAAGUGGCCGCCAGCGACCACGUCGUCCCAACCCCAAUUUCCACGAGAAUGACGUUGUCCAUCCAAGCUUCACAAGACUUGAAACUCGCUUGUUGCAAGCAGGACCGAACAUCGAGAGAGGAAAGUGGAGAGGCAUCCAACGCAUGA